AUGCACAAGCACUGACACUGGUGUGGUGUAAGCACUUUUUAUAGUGGUGAUAUUUUUGUUUUCUAUUAUCAAUAAUAGAUGGUUAGUGUCCUAGGUCCUCUAUUUUAAAUGCAAGUUUAUUCUUGCACGGCAAACGGAUCCGCAAAAUAUUAUAGGUCCUGCAGUGCAGAGGAUACCGUUAACCAACGAAAUGUCUGGACAACAUCAAUGAAAAUGUAAAUAAUUAUAUUACACGGAGAGCAUGAAGAUAAAACGGAAUUGUCACUCCUAACACAGCUUUGCGUAGACCCAGAUGCCUCCACUCCCUCUUGACGAGCGCAUAGUGGUUAUUCAGCACCCUAAAAACUUGGCCCUACGUGGGUCCUCCCCACAGACCACCCCACAGCCCCCCUCCCAUAUAACAGCCCCUAGCAACAAACCUCUCUCCCGCCCUUCUCAUCCCCACCCUCCUCAGUCCUACCCCAAUCCUCCCUCAUCGAACUCACUGUCUUUGGAAUGCAAGCGCAGAUCAUCAUCCCGUCUGCAGAAAACCAAAGGCGACAAGGCCAUCGUCUCAGAGGGUGUCAGACACACCCCUAGCCACUGUCACAGCAACGGGACCGUGACUCUUGGCCCUAGACCCCACCAACACACACACACCAUCGACAUCAAGUUAUCCGUGAACAAAGGAAUAAAAGGAGGAGGAGGGCACAGCAACUCUUUAGGUCGCAGUGGGAGUGUGAAGGGGAGCAAGAAAAGGGUCUCGUUACGCUUGGAUCCAGGAUACGGGGAGAAAAAAGCUGGGGGAACAUCAGGGAAGCCUGGUGGAGUAGUGCAGCAACUCCAAAACCACCCACAGAACAAGAGCAAGGCCUCACAAGGCAGUCACCAUCAGAAUCAUCUGUCAGUGUCCCCGGGAGGAGUCUUAGAGUUUGUCCCAUCCCAGAGACAGCAGUCCAAGUCCAGAAGAGAGAAGGUGCAGGACGUGUCCCCCAAAGUCUGCUCUGCCAGCUUCCCCCCCAGAGGUGCCCGGGAAGUGCCCUGCGUGGGUAACAAAGAGAAUUCCAAACUGGGACCUGUCCAUCAAAACCCCAACCCCCAGAGCCUGCCCUGCCACCACAACUCUGUCCCUGUGCCCCAUGCCGCUGUUCUAAACUCCCACUACCCUGCCUCCCCUCCCUCCCACCACCCCCGUGCUCCUACCUCGUUUCAGCAACCCCUCAACCAGCCUCGUCCAUCCCGCGGCAGGGACCAUUGUCCUCAGAUCCAUCACGGCCUACCCCUCUCCCCCUGUUCCUCCCGUGGAGGUUUCCCCAGCCCAGACCACACCUGUACCAUCGACUUCUCCCAUCCCUUCAGCUGUGGCUGCUGGAAGCUGGUCCGCUGCAGAGGGGGCAGGGGACGUUCUGCUGGCUGCCAGGGGGGGUUGUAG